UGAUUCUUUUAUCUCUUGGAAUUUUUUUUUAAAUUUAUAUUAACCUCAAAAGAAGUGAGAGGUUAUCAGGGAACAUUGAUUUUACUAACCAAUUUGUUGAAGAGGACCUCUAACUAAAACUGAGAAGAUGUUCAUCCACAGAAUUUAUUUUCUUUGGUUGUUUCACAACUAUUGUCAGGCUUCGAUUUUGCUCUGGGCGAAACCUGGAUUGGAACAGCCUUUACUGGGAAGAAUUGCCUAUCACUAUCAACGUAUUUUCGAUACCCUUAAAGGUCCCGGAGAAAGGUGUGUUAAGUCUACGUUCGAAAAGGCGAUGACGGAGAUUGAAAGUGACGUAGGAUGUAUUUCAUUUCGCAAAUUUCACCUGACAACAGACAGUGCCCAAAAUCCUCGUAUAUAUAUUGCAUACAGUGCAACUAGAAAUAAUUAUAGAUGCGAAUAUCCACAACAACUUGGAAUGCCUGACAUCGACAAACCUGGCGUCGACCUUCAAAUUACCUUUAAUCUACAUGAAAGUUGUAUAGAUAUCAACACGCUGAAAUAUUACCUAGUCCGGAUUCUUGGACUGCAGGAUGAGCAUACUCGACCAGAUAGAGAUAAAUACGUUUCUAUUCAUUACGAAAAUAUUGUUGAUGAGAAAAACGAGUCCUUCUCUAUCUCACAUGCAGCAGAAGGUGGCUACAAGGCACUCGAUAAUGUUCCCUUUGCGUACAGUGAUUAUCCUUAUGACUUCUCCUCCAUCACUCACUUUGGGCCCUUUGAGAAUGGGAAGGAUCCGUCCAGGCCAACCAUUUCAUCUCAUGCAUCCUUCUCGGGUGUAACAUUUGGAGAGAGAGGACAUCUUAGUGAAAUUGACAUCCGCAAACUUCGAGAUCUCUAUAAAUGUGGUAAAAAUUAA